AUGUCCUUCAAUAAGAUCCUCGCUAAGAAGGUUGUCGGAACUGCCCUGAAGGACGGCGUUAAUGUAACGUUAUCAGUGGCGACCAAGACAAGCCAUUGGGAGCGACCCGAGUUCGUCGUCGACACGGUCGGAGAUGUUCUCAAAAAAUCGGUUGCAAGUUGGACGGAACGCCUUCCAGCCGAUACGAAAGAGAUUUGCUCCAGGGAAAGCGAACAUACAAGCGAUUCCGACCCUCGAUCCCACCUCACUGUUGUAUGCUUCAACUCGCAAGGCGAAGGCACUACUAGGCAUGUCCCAGUGCCCAAAGAACAGAAGUCUUGA